GUUAGGCGUUGGUGCAGUGAAGAAGGUGUACAGGGGAUUUGAUCAAGAAGAAGGAAGGGAUAUGGCAUGGAACCAAGUAAAACUAAGAAGCUUCGGUGGAGAUCCAUCUGUUCUCAAGAGGCUCUUUUCAGAAAUCAAACUGUUACAGACAUUAGAGAAUGAAAACAUCAUUGUUCUUUACAGUUUCUGGAGGGAUACUAAAAGCAACACCUUGAACUUCAUCACAGAGGCAUGUGCUUCAGGUAAUUUAAGGGAUUACAGGAAGAAACGCAGACGGGUUUCAUUGAAGGCAUUGAAGAAUUGGUCAAGACAGAUUUUGAGAGUGAAAUAUGAAAUGAGAACUUUAUCUCAGCUACAUGUUUCAAUGGGUCACAGUUUCGUCCAUUGAUACCCUUGUUAGAAGCCAUGCCAAAGGAACUUGGUGCUAGCCUGCAUGAUAUGCUUAAUCUGAUCACAUGUAAUUUCUUGAAACAACAUUCUGUCAUGGCCUCCAUGUGUUCGAUAAAAUGCCUCAAUAAAAAAAUAGUUAAAAAUCAUUAAUGUUUUUACUUCACUUUGUUCCUUAUUCUUUUCAGAACUAUAUAACUCAAUUUAGAUUGGGUUGGAUGCCAUUUUCAUAACAAUAGGUUGAUGCUAGUUCCUUAUUCUGUCAGAAUUUGCAGUUAAAUACAUUGAACAUAUCGAGAAGAAACACAUGGAAGCCGAAGAAUGUUAGUUCCUUAUUCUGUCAGAAUAGGUUGAUGCUAGUUCCUUAUUUUGUUUGUUGGGUAUAUUCUUGAUAAUACAAAUUCUUAAAGAAUAUUCUUGCAGAAUAGUUUAUUUUGUAAGAAUAUUAUUUGUUGUAUUCUGAUAGAAUUGUAGUUAAUUAUUUGUAUGUUUAAUGUGCAGGUUUUACAAGUGUAUCACUACAAAUUACUU